AAGUUAUAAACUAAAACACAAAAACUACAUCUUCAAGUCCAUUUGUGUUGAUUUCAUUAAUUCAAAAUCAUCAUCAUGGGUGUUGUUAUUCAAGAAUAUGCUACCCCUGCUGCUGUUCCCCCUGCUAAGCUCUUCAAAGCCAUGUCAAUAGAUAUUCAUAACCUUUUCCCAAAAAUUGUGCCAAUUAUUGACAGUGUUCAGUUGACUGAAGGAACUGGUGAAGCUGGCACCAUCAAGAUACUCAACAUAAAAGAAGGGGACCAAAUCAAGCAAGUGCUGCACAGAGUGGAUGAAAUUGAUGAAAUAAAAUUUAUAUACAAUUUCAGCAUAAUUGGAGGCACUGGUUUAGCUGACACAUUGGAAAAAGUGUCAUUCAAGAGCCAAUUGUUUGAUGACGAAAAUGGAGGAACAAUUAGGAAAGUACAUGUUGAGUAUUUUACCAAAGGUGAUUAUCAACUCACUGAGGAGGAGCUCAAAGCUGGUAAAGAUAAGGUUGAAGGCCUUAUUAAGAUUUGUGAAGGUUACCUUUUGGCUAAUCCUGAUUAUUGAAUGUGUUUCAUUAAGGAUUAAUUAAUAAAACUUUGAUAUGCUGCCAAAUUAAUAAUACUCAGAUCAAGUUUCUGUUUUAAGCUGAAGCCUAAGAAUGAGUUAUGAGUAUGUUUUUGUAUUUGAAGAAAAUUUAUGUGUUGAGCCAUGGACUAGUAGUGAUUGGAAGGGUUGUAUUUUCUAUUUUACAAGAGAAAAUCUACUGCAUUUCAUUUAUAAUCAAA